CAUUCUUCUUCACACACGCAACAGCCAGCGUGCACAACCCCUCUCGAACGAUCCGUUCCCCCUCUCGUCGCGCCUCCAGCUCCAAGAAUCCAGGCUCCAGCAGCGAGUAGCAGCCCGUGAGCUGAGGCUGAUCCAUGCUCCACAUCCAAUCACACACACACACACACACACAUCAAGCCCGGCAAGCAAAGCAAUUCAUUCGGGCUGGCAUUUUUCAUCAAGUCUCCUGUCGUCGUCGACGACCUUGCUACUAGCUCAUAUAUAACCAGGCCGAUACUAAGCUGCUAAGCGUAUAGAGUUAACCUGUCGCCGAUCCUGCAUGCAUUCGUCCUUAUUAUUACUAUUAGCUAUGCCGACAACAAUGGUGGUGGCGGCGGCGGCGGCCCGUACAGAUAAGCCGCGGCUUAUGUGGUUGCCGCCUCUCGUCGUCGCGCUGCUCUUGCUGUCCGGCGCCCUACUAGAGGCUGCCGCCGCCGCUGCGGGCACGAGCACCACCUCGGCCGAUGACGCCGCGAGCUCGACCAGCUCCUUGGCCGCCGAACGAGCCGCCACGGGCCGCCGCAGCAGGUUGCUGGUGGCGUCGCAGAGCACGUUCUUCAGCCUGGACAGCUACGGCGCCCGCGGCGACGGGAGGCACGACGACACCCAGGCGCUGGCCAGGGCGUGGGAGGCGGCCUGCUUCUCGCCGCGGCCGGCCGUCCUGCUCGUCCCCGGCGGCAAGCGCUACCUGCUGAAGCUCGUCGCGCUCUCCGGCCCGUGCAAGUCCAGCGUCACGGUGACGGUGGAGGGCACCCUGGUGGCGUCGCGGGACCGGUCCGACUGGAUUGGCGGCGGCGGCGGCACUGACCGGCGGCGCCACUGGAUCGUGUUCCGUCAGGUCGACGGUCUCACCGUCGGCGGCGGGGGCGCCGUCGACGGCAGCGGCGAGACGUGGUGGAAGCACUCGUGCAAGAUCAAUAAGGAUCUCCCAUGCGAGGAGGCGCCGACGGCGCUGUCGUUCCACUACUGCACGAGCUUGAGGGUGCAUGACCUGAAGAUCGUCGACAGCCAGCAGAUCCACGUGUCCAUCGAGGAUUGCACCGGCGUGCAGUUGACAGGCCUGUCGAUCACGGCGCCCGGCACCAGUCCCAACACCGACGGCAUCCACAUCACACGCAGCAGGGAUGUGCAGGUCACCAACUGCAAGAUCAAGACUGGUGACGAUUGCUUGUCCAUCGAGGCAGGGACGCACGACCUCCACGUGUCGCAAAUCGUGUGCGGGCCAGGUCACGGGAUCAGCAUCGGGAGCCUAGGAGACGACAACUCGAGAGCCGAAGUCUCCGGCAUCACCAUAGACACGGUGCAGCUGUACGGCACGACCAACGGAGCGCGCAUCAAGACGUACCAGGGCGGAAGCGGGUACGCCAGGGACAUCACGUUCCAGAACAUGGCCAUGCACGGCGUCGAGAACCCGAUCGUCAUCGACCAGGACUACUGCGACAAGCGCCAGGCUACGUCACCGCCGUGCGAGGCGCAGGGGUCGUCGUCGUCGUCAGCGGUCGAGGUCAGCGACGUCGCGUUCAGGAACAUCCGGGGCACCACCGUCAGCAAGGACGCCAUCAAGCUGAGCUGCAGCUGGAACGUCCCCUGCCAUGGCAUUACCCUGCAGAACAUUAGCUUGGAGAUGCUGGGCGGCAAGGGUACGGCGGAGAGCACCUGCCGGAACGCGAGGUGGAGAACGUCCGGGACGGUUCUUCCGCAGCCGUGCACCUCAUUCAUAGACCUGGGGCACGGUUCCAACUGAGCAGAUUUGUUCGGAGAAGCAGCAUGCGCGACAUAGUGUGUGUGUAUAUUACACAGUAUAGGGUAUCUCAAUGAAUCGAUUUCUGGUUACAGGAGAUAAAUUAGGGUGUGUUUGGUUGUAAUGACAGAACAAGAUAGGAUAUGAUGAUCGAUUAAAUAAGGUUCUUUGGGUUAAGUACGUCAG